AUCAAGCUCAUCUGCAUGACGUCCGUCUGGUGGAUCCACGGUAUGGCCUACGCCUCGCACUACUGCAGGUACCCAACGGAAGAGUGGUCCUGGCCCGAAGAGAUGCCACACAUGGGCACAUUGAUCAAGAUGCUCCACAAGUACAACAUGUGCCUCUUCGCGUUCUGCAGCGGCUCCGUCUCCUACGCGGAAGCCACCCCGGAGCGCGUGGCGGCCUCCUUCAAUUCCCUCAUCUUGCCGUGCAUCCUCGUGGCGAUUUGGGUCCAGCUCACAUGGUACAUUCCCGCCCAAGGCAUCGGCAAGGGCGCCAUGAGCUUCCUGGUCUCCACGGAGCCGUGGUACAUGAAGACGCUGUUUGCCUGGCGCAUCCUGCUCUUCAGCUUCGGCCACUUCACCGACGUGCCCCUCGUGUGCCUCGCGAUCGGAACCAGGAUUGUGUGGCAAGUCUCUGACCAGACCAACGACCCCGGGUGCCUGCUCGCUCACGUGGUCAACGACUUCCCAUUCUUCGUGUUGGGCCACGUCCUUGUGAGGAGGCGGAAGCUUCUGGAGCCCUACGUCAACUUCCUUCGCGAGCGCCGGUGGCUUCAGAAGGCGUGCCUCGUCGGGUACAUCCUGCUCUGGCUCGACAUCUUCUGCGCGGGGCUCUUCGACUCGUUCGACACCUGGUUCUACAGCCUCUUCCCCUCCACGCUCACCGGCAAGGCGCUGAAGGACGUCUUCAAGAUCAUAGAGGUGUUCACGUACGGCUUCGUGGCCACGGGCUGGCUGCCCACGGACGAGAAGCCCCUGUUCAGCUCCACCGGGCGGGGCGGGGCGCUGGUGGCCGAGCGUCACGGCGACAAGCACGAGUGUUGGCUCACCAGGACGUCGGAAGACGCUGUUGAGCGUCGACCCGACGUCGUGCCCUCCGCUGCAUCCCGCGGCGACUCCGCCAACCGGAUGCAGCCGUCGCUGCGCCAGGGCCCCGUGCGCUCGGCCCACCCCGCGAGCCAGCAGCCGAGGCGCGCCGGCAUCGUGGCCGGCAGCACGGUCGCGUACGCGGCGAAGGGCAUCAGCAAUGAGCGCAGCCAGGACGGCGGCGACUCCUCGGGCCAGACUUCGCCUCGUUCCUCUGGCUCGUGCAGCAGCCUGGCUGGCAGCUUCCCUGGCCGGUUGGGGGCUGCCAUCGCUUGCCCCGAGGCAGCCGCCCCAGAGGGCUUCUCCAGCCUGGGCGCCAGGCUGCACGAGCUGGGCCGCUGCACGCCGUGCAAGUUCCUCCGCGCCCUCCGCGGGUGCCGCCUCGGCCUGAUGUGCAAGAACUCUCGAGGUCUGCGGUGCGGAAGGCGGGUCGCGUCAAGGCCAUGGAGUGCCGCGCCAUGGUCGAGGAGGCGGUGGCCGCGAAGGCGGCGAUGCCCGGCGGCGUGCCCGAGACGAGCGCGCUGGACUGCCAGCAGGCAGCGGCAGCUCCUCGGCUGCUCGACAGCUUCAACUGUGCCCCUGGCCUCGGGCAGCCCGGUGUCGACGUCUGAGCCGGAGGCGGGGGCCAGCUCCAGCCACGGCAGCAGCGAAGGGCCGUCCUUCCACUGCCAGGGUUUGUCCU